AUGACUGGAACUAUCGUCAUAACCGGCGCCAAUGGCUCUCUCGCCCUUGCCUAUGUAGCGCAUCUCAUAAAAACCCAGCCAUCAUACACCAUCCUCGCAACAGUCCGCAAUACAUCUCCCUCCGACCCCAACACCGCCCAACUUUCCUCCAUCCUCUCCUCGCACCCCAAAUCCUCCAUCGAAGCUCUCGACCUCUCUCUUCUCUCAAACGUACGAGCCUUCUCCGAAAAUACAGCAAAGAGAGUAGCUUCUGGCGAAAUACCUCCUAUAAAAGCUAUCAUCUGCAAUGCUUUCACCAUGUCUGUAACAGAGCAGGUUUACACUCCCGAUGGCUUCGAGAGGACGUUCCAUGUCAACCAUUUAUCUCAUUUUGUUCUGGUGCUAAAGUUGAUUGGAAGUAUGGCGAGCGAUGGGAGGAUCGUGAUGCUUGGUUCGGAUACACACUAUACAACUCGCUCACACCCACUUUUUAAGCAACGACCUGGUAUUCCAGAAGAUACUGAGCUUUUAGUCAAGCCGAAGCUGGAUAAGAAGGGAAAAGAGUAUGAUGGAGGAUUCCAUCGGUAUGGAAACUCGAAGUUAGCAAAUAUCAUGUUCAUGCAGGAUCUCAACGCCAGGCUUGAGAAGAAUCCCACACUCUCUGGUAUCACCGCUAUAGCAAUGGACCCAGGCGGCAUGGUCGAUUCCCGUGCGCACAGGAUUCAGACGCCGUUUAUGCGGUUUGCUUUCAGCCUUGUGCUUAUAUCACUCCCCAUUCUUCGCCACUUCACCGAUAUUAUGCGGCCAGCAGCGCAAUCAGGUCGAGAGUUGGUCGAGCUGAGCGUUGGGGAGAAAUUCAAGGGCACAAAGGGGUAUUUCAUGGGGGCCAGACGGGAGGAAGAGGAUAUUGCCUGUAAGGAUGUCCAUAAGAGGGAGCUCUUGUGGAAUGCUUGUUGGGAGUGGGCUGGGAUGAGGGAGGAAGAGACCGUUUUGUUGUAA